AUGACUAAAUGUUUGCAUUAUAACGGAUGUCUCCAAUCAAGAGGAAACGCUGCUGAUUCUGGAAUGCUGUUACGACACAUCGUUGCCAACUGCCCAAGGGAGAGUUCAAUUAGACAGGAAAUUAAAGGGGGCACUUCUACAGUUGGCAGGACUGCAGUUCUAAACUGCCUAAACCGAAAGAAAAACACGAAAUUGGUGGGAGAGAUAAUGGAUCCUCGGGGCAUGACAUGUACGGGUACCAUCCCAUCCCAGUCACGGAACGUCAUUGUCGCUGUCCUACAUCCGGAGUAUUAUUCUCCAGAUUGCCGCUUUUAA